AUGGGUAUCAAACUCAAAGCUUUAGUGCAAUGGCUGGCAUUAGCUGCAAUAAUGGCGGCGGCCAUGUUCUGUGGUGCAGCCAAAGGUACGGUGGUGUGCAACAUGGAUAUGACAAAGUCGGACGAAUUGUGCCGUGCCGCUAUCACCGGGCAGAACCCGCCACGGCCAACCAAGGGAUGUUGUGCAGUGAUUCGGCAUGCGAACUUCCCGUGCCUCUGCGAAUUAAAGUAUAUGUUGCCUUCAUUUGGGAUCGAUCCUAAGAAUGCCUUUGCUUUGCCCGCUAAGUGUGGUCUUCAAUCACCUCAUUGUCCAGGUGAUGCUCCUUUUUUCUCACUCUCAUUGAACUUCAAUACAUAUUAUGGAUCAUGA